GUGCUUGGUUCACGAGACGAAUCGCUGUCUAUCUUGUAGAUGGCGGAGCCGGAUUUAGGACGCUGCUAGCAAUAUUCGUUUUUGUUCCUGAAUAAUAAAUAUUUAAAUAGUUCCCUCUCAGAGCGUGUCACUUGAGCAAGUAUUUUAUUCAACACUGUUUCCUUGUGAGAUUGUUAAAGUGUCGAGCGCGUUCGUUUUGUAUAGUAUUUAUUUUUAACAGGCGACCCGGUUAGCAUCUUUGUUAAGUUUAGGCCCGCGACGCGACCGUUUGUCGAUUUUAACAAUAGCGUCGUUUUUCUUGGUUUGAUCAACCCCAAGGUUUAUUUCCAAGGCAAAGCAGGAAGGACUAUGGACGAUAAACAGGUUUUCGUACUUUUCAGCGAGUAAAGCGUUUGUGAUGUUGGUGGACGUUUAAUCUAGCUGGACGUGAAGACAUUUGGAGACAAAUUAAAGACCACAAAGGAAUAUGUCUAACGGCGCUGCAGGAAACGGAGGGCUCUCCUGGAUGGAGGCUGCCAAUGACCGAGGUGACGUUGGAAAGAUGGAAGGUACCAAGAAAGACAAGGCUGGCUCCAAGUUAUCUGUGGAGCGAGUGUAUCAGAAGAAGACCCAGUUGGAGCACAUCCUCCUGCGUCCAGACUCGUACAUCGGCUCGGUGGAGCCCCUGACUCAGCAAAUGUGGGUGUUUGAUGAGGACGUUGGGAUGAAUCAGAGGGAAAUCACCUAUGUUCCAGGGCUGUACAAAAUCUUUGAUGAAAUUCUUGUCAAUGCAGCAGACAACAAACAAAGGGACAAGAACAUGACAGCCAUCAAGAUCACCAUUGACCCAGAAUCAAACACCAUCACCAUCUGGAACAAUGGGAAAGGGAUUCCUGUGGUGGAGCACAAGGAAGAGAAAAUGUACGUUCCAGCUCUUAUUUUUGGCACUCUGCUCACCUCCAGUAACUACAAUGAUAAUGAGAAGAAAGUCACAGGUGGAAGGAAUGGGUAUGGUGCCAAACUCUGCAACAUCUUCAGUCUGAAGUUCACCGUGGAAACAGCCUGCAAAGAGUACAGACACAGUUUUAAACAGACCUGGCAGAAUAACAUGAUGAAGACAGCUGAUCCCAAAGUCAAGUUCUUUGACGGAGAAGACUUCACCUGCGUGACAUUCCAGCCCGACCUGUCCAAGUUCAAAAUGGAGAAACUGGACAGGGACAUUGUAGCACUUCUCACCCGCAGAGCCUAUGAUGUAGCGGGCUCCUGCAAAGGAGUUAAAGUCUCUCUGAACAGCAAAAAGUUACCUGUGACCGGGUUCCGCAGCUAUGUGGAUUUGUACGUGAAGGACAAACUGGAUGAGACGGGCGUCCCCCUAAAGGUGGUCCAUGAGAUGGUGAAUGAGCGGUGGGAUGUCUGCCUCACCAUGAGUGAGAAAGGCUUCCAACAGAUCAGCUUUGUCAACAGCAUUGCCACCACAAAGGGUGGCAGACACAUCGACUAUGUUGUGGACCAGAUUGUGACCAAACUUAUUGAAGUGGUGAAAAAGAAGAACAAAGCAGGCGUGUCAGUCAAACCCUUUCAGGUGAAGAAUCACAUCUGGGUUUUUGUGAAUUCACUGAUUGAGAACCCAACCUUUGACUCCCAGACCAAGGAGAACAUGACUCUGCAGAUGAAGAGCUUUGGGUCCAAGUGCCUUCUGUCAGAGAAGUUUGUUAGAGCUGCAACAAACUGUGGCAUCGUGGAGAGUAUCCUGAACUGGGUGAAGUUCAAAGCUCAGACACAACUGAACAAGAAGUGCUCGUCCGUGAAACACAGCAAGAUCAAAGGCAUUCCUAAGCUAGAUGACGCCAAUGAUGCUGGUGGCAAACACUCGUCUGAAUGCACUCUGAUCCUGACGGAGGGAGACUCGGCCAAAUCUCUGGCUGUCUCUGGUCUGGGGGUCAUCGGUCGGGACCGCUAUGGAGUGUUCCCGCUGAGGGGCAAGAUCCUGAAUGUACGAGAAGCAUCACAUAAACAGAUCAUGGAGAAUGCAGAGAUAAACAACAUCAUUAAAAUUGUCGGCCUGCAGUACAAGAAGAGCUACGAUGACGCAGAGUCUCUGAGGAGCCUUCGUUAUGGCCGGAUCAUGAUCAUGACCGAUCAGGAUCAAGAUGGCUCCCACAUCAAAGGUCUGCUCAUCAACUUCUUCCACCACAACUGGCCCUCCUUGCUCAAACACACAUUCCUGGAGCAAUUUAUCACACCUAUUGUGAAGGCCACAAAGAACAAACAGGAGCUGUCCUUCUACAGCCUUCCAGAGUUUGAAGAAUGGAAGAAACAGACAGACAACUUUAAAACCUGGCAUAUAAAAUACUACAAAGGUUUGGGUACGAGCACAAGCAAAGAGGCAAAGGAGUACUUUGCUGAUAUGGAAAGGCACCGAAUCACAUUCAAGUACAACGGUGCUGAGGACGACGCUGCCAUCACUCUGGCUUUCAGUAAAAAGAAGAUCGAUGACAGGAAGGAGUGGCUCACUAACUUCAUGGAGGACAGACGUCAGAGGAGGAUGCAUGGGCUGCCAGAGAAAUACCUUUAUGGAACUCAGGCCAAGCACCUCUCAUACAAUGACUUCAUCAACAAAGAGCUAAUCCUGUUCUCCAACUCCGACAACGAGAGGUCCAUCCCAUCCUUAGUCGAUGGCCUAAAGCCAGGUCAGAGGAAGGUGUUGUUUACCUGCCUGAAGAGGAAUGACAAGAGAGAGGUGAAGGUUGCACAGCUGGCUGGUUCCGUUGCUGAAAUGUCUGCCUAUCAUCACGGAGAGCAAGCUCUCAUGAUGACCAUCGUGAACUUGGCCCAGAGCUUUGUGGGGAGCAACAACGUGAACAUCCUGCAACCCCUGGGACAGUUCGGUACUCGCAUCAACGGAGGCAAAGAUGCUGCUAGUCCUCGUUACAUCUUCACCAUGCUCAGUCCUCUUGCCAAGCUGUUGUUCCCAGCAGUGGACUCCAAUCUGCUCAAGUUCCUGUAUGACGACAACCAGAAGGUGGAGCCAGAGUGGUUCAUUCCCAUAAUCCCAAUGGUUCUGGUGAACGGCGCCGAGGGCAUCGGGACGGGCUGGGCCUGUAAGAUCCCAAACUACGACCCGAGAGAGAUUGUAAACAACAUCAACAGGAUGCUCAACCACCAGGACCCUUUGCCAAUGCUUCCCAACUACAAAAACUUCAAAGGGGUGAUCCAUGAGCUGGGACACAACCAGUACCUGGUCAGUGGAGAGGUAUCAGUCCUGGAUAAGAACACCGUUGAGAUCACAGAGCUUCCUGUCCGGACCUGGACACAGGCCUACAAGGAGUCAGUUCUGGAGCCCAUGCUGCUGGGCUCUGAUAAAACCCCAGCUCUCAUCAAUGAUUAUAAGGAGUACCACACUGACGCAACAGUUAAGUUUGUGGUCCGCAUGUCAGAGGAGAAGCUGGCUCAAGCUGAGGCGGUCGGCCUCCACAAAAUCUUCAAACUGCAGUCCAGUCUUACCUGCAACUCAAUGGUGCUGUUUGAUCAUAUGGGUUGUUUGAAGAGGUACGAUUCGGUCCAAGACAUCCUGAAGGAGUUCUUUGAACUUCGCCUGCAUUACUACAAACUGAGAAAGGACUGGCUGCUGGGGAGUCUGGGCUCAGAGGCCGCCAAACUGUCCAACCAGGCUCGCUUCGUGCUGGAAAAGAUUGAAGGAAAAAUAUCCAUUGAGAACAAAUCCAAGCGUGAACUCAUUCGCAUGCUGGUGCAGAAAGGCUUUGAGUCAGAUCCUGUUGCUGCCUGGACCAAGGCUCAGGAGAAGACCCUGGAGGAAGACUACCCUGAUGGAAAUGAAAGCGACAGUUCUGUGGACUUUGGCUCCUCUUCAGGUCCAAACUUCAACUACAUCCUCAACAUGCCUCUGUGGUGUCUGACUAAAGAAAAGGUAGAAGAGCUGCUCAAACAGAGGGAUCAAAAGAGGACUGAACUCCACGGUCUACAGAGAAAAUCCCCAGAGGAUCUGUGGAAGGAGGACUUAGCCGUCUUCAUUGAAGAGCUCGAUAAUGUGGAGGCCCAGGAGAAAGAAGAGCUAAAUUUAGGAAAGGCCGUCAAAUUGGUGAAGGGUAAAGUCGGUAAACCUAAAGUGAAGAAGAUGAACCUGGAGGAGACCUUGCCUUCACCAUUUGGCCGCCGGGUGGAUCCUCCAACGCAACCAAUCAAAUCUGAUGCAGCUAAAAAACUGACCAAAAAAAAGAAGGGCGACUCGAACUUAGCUGUAAAGCUGGAAUUUGAAGAUAACGGUGUGGGUGGGGAGGGAACAACUGGAGAAAACUCUGUAUCCAAACCUAAAGCUCCACGGGUGAAGAAAGAGAAGAAGGAGCCUGGAGCUCCCAGGAUAAGAAAACCUCCUGCACCCAAAGGUGCUUCAGUUAAGAAGGUGAAGAAGAGAAAUCCCUGGUCUGAUGAUGAGUCCAAGUCAGACAACGACCUGGAGGAGAACGAACCCAUCAUUCCCAGAGAAACCAAGUCUCAGAGGGCUUCAGCCUCCAAGCCAAAAUACACGUUUGACUUCUCAGAGGAGGAAGAGGAAGAGGAGGAGGCAGAUGAAGAGGAAAAUGGUGACGACGAAGCGGCCUCCUCCCUGGCGAGGUUUGUCAAAGAUGACUUUGGCUGCUCCGACUCAAAGGACCGCUUCAGUGACCAAAACGAUGAAGACGACGAUGAAGACUCCUACUCGCCUCUAAAACAGAAGCCCACGCUUGCUCCUGCAGCUCAAAAAAAGGUGACCAGCAUCUUCUCAUCAAAGUCAGUCUUUUCUAAGAAGAGCAACAACAGUGAGGGGUCCAGGUCCGACAGCGAUGACAACAGUCCUGCGUUCUCCACUUACUCCAGCAGCUCAGUGUUUGAUGCAGCAAAGAAAGCUAAGAAGUCCUCAGAUGCAGCUCCCAAACCUAAAAAAACACCAGCACCAAAAGCAAAGAGACCAGAUAAAUCCAUCUGGGAUUCUGAGUCUGACACAGAGUCCAAGAAAACUGCACCAGCCCUCAAAGGUAAAGGCCGGGGCAGAAAGAGGAAGGAUUCUGGAUCUGAAGAUGAGUACAGUCCAGUGAAGAAGUCUGCGAAACCUGCUGGCAGAAAGUCUCAGAAACCUCCAUCUGAUGAUGAGGACGACCACAGCCUGAGUGCUGUCAAGGCUCAGUCUUGGGAUCGACCGGGCCGCGCCAGGAAGGAAGUGAAGUACUUCCACAAGUCUGAUAAUGAGGAAGAGGAGGAGGAAGAUGAUAUGUUUGAUUAGAGUCACAUUAGAGCCCCUCUGCUUGUCUGGAGGAUUCCACCUCAUUGUUCCCACAAGAUUUUGUACUUUUCCUGCUUUCUUUCCAUUAUUGGUGAUUAAUGUAUUUUUUAAUGUGUAGUUGUUUUACACUUUGUAUUAAUAUACAUAUACUGGCUUGUUUUUUUACUCUCAUUGAAAUGUUGUGUGUUUGUCUGAAGCAGCUUUUAGACACGUAGAGCACUGUUCUUUAGCACAUUUUACUUGUUCAGAUGCUAAUGUAACUUUUUAAACAAAGCUGAAAGUAAAGAAUGAAAUGUCCUUAGGUCUGCUGCUGUUUCUUCAUCAACACCAACUGAUGUUACACACACGUUUGUUUCAGAACAGAUCAGAACCAGAACUGAUGGGACAUGAAGAUAGAAAACUAAUAGCUGUUUGCCACUGUCUCAACUCUCAUCAGAUCCGCACCACAAUGCACUACUUAAGGGCCUUCCUACUGUCAGUAUCCACCCCCACUAAGCCCAGUUUAUGGGACCACCUUGUUUAUGGUUCCAAGUAAACUGCUUCGAGGUGAUGAUUUUGAUGCAAGUAGACAGCAGCUGUUGAUUGGCCAGCAGCAACGUCGCUGGAUGACUUGCCCAGCAAACUACAUCUGAAGCUGCAACAAAGUUCAUGAUAGA